AAAUGCCGCUCUCUGAAUUUCGCAAGAAAAAACUCCUCUUCGUUUUUACUACAUUUUUUGAUGUCAACGAUAGUGGGGCAAUUGACAAAAAAGAUUUAGAUCUCGCAGUUCAAUCAAUUUGCUCUUCGAGAGGUUGGGCAAGUGACACUGCAAAAUUGGAACAGACCAAGGCGACGCUAUUAAAAAUUUGGGAAGGUUUGAAGCAAGGAGCGGAUUCUGAUCAGGAUGGUCAGAUAAGUCGAGAAGAGUGGUAUAUGAUGUGGGAGGACUACGCAAAGAAUCCAGAUAAUCCACCAGAAUGGCAGAAUGUAUACAUGAAUUUUGUUUUUGAUCUUGAGGAUACGUCAGGCGAUGGAUCAAUUGACGAAUCAGAAUUCUGUGUUGUCUGUAGAAAUCACGGUGUUACCGACAGUGAAGCUCGGGAGGCCUUCAAAAAAUUACAAGUUGGCACUGAGGUGACUCGCGAGAAAUUUCUGACACUCUGGAGAGAUUACUUCACAUCCGACGAUGCAAAUUCACCGGGAAAUUUCAUAUUUGGAAAAACUUCUUUCUAAUUUAAAGGAAAAAUUAUUUACUAUCGAAAUUAAAUUUAAAGAAAAAAUUCCGUUUAGUGUAAUAUGAGACUAUUUAUCUAAUAUUUCAAAUAUUUCUUUAAUAAUUUUUUUUUCUUUUGACGAAGUUACUAUUAUUUACUGACUCAUUGAUACAUAUCGCUAGUCGAUAAUAUUGACGGAUCUAUAACAUCUUUGAUAAAUUUAAAUUAUUUAUCCAUCGAUAUACCUAAUACUGUAAUUCGAUGCAAAAUGAAGAAUAUGAAAAAGAAAACAAAGUAUUAAUGCGAGAAUAAAUAUAAAUAUAUAUUUAAGAGUGAUUACAGUCGUUUGGUGUCGUUCAAAUUAGGAAAAUAUAGUCUCGAGUGUUUUCUGUCAAUUGCAUCAUUCGUUGUAAAGCACUUGCCAAGUGCAAAAAAUGUAUAAAUGGGUGUAAUAUUAUGUAAAUGUAACACUAUUUAUAAUUAGAGUGUAUCAAAAUAAUUUUGUAUUCCAAUAAUAUUUCGUUAAUAAUUUUUAAUAUUUUGUUCUCUUAUGAUUUUAAAUUAUUUAGAUUUUUUUACUGUAAUGGAAAAAUUCCACUUUUUUAAAAUCUAAUAGUUAUUAAAAUAAAAAUUCAUAAAAGUAAAAUAGUUUUAGCGUUAAGUUGAGAUGCACUGGGCGCACUAAGAGUGAGGGGAGCACGCGAACCAAUCGUUUAAGCGUCAUCCCCACUUUUGUGCUGCGCGCGCACCGUUCUCGACUCACGAGACGCUCAAGGCUCUUCUACUUUUGUCAUUCUAUAAAUUUUUCUCCAAAAAAAAAAAAAAAACUUACACUAAAUGAAAAACUACGAAGAAAUAUAUUUUUUUUAGAGAAAAUAUUCUCACAACUGUUUUUUUAUUAGAAGAUAUAUUUUUGUAUUUUGAUACACUUUAAUUUUCAUCUAGUUCACGGAAUCUAGUAUAUUGUGCUGCAGAUUUUCUGAUUUAUAUUUUUCUUGUCAGAAAAUAUUUUACUUUUCGAGAAACGACAUUCAAAAGUUUUUUUUUUGUAACUUUUCGAAGGAAUUGAAAAUAUAAAUGCUAAAUUUGAAUGCAGUUUUUAUUUUGUGCCAAACGAAUUUUACGAAAUAAAUUAAAAUAUUUAGAUUUGCUGUUCGAGCAGCAUAAAAAAAAGAGAGUUCCUUAAAAUAUUAUUCAAAACCUCAAAGAGGAUAUUUUCGAAUUUCUGGUAGAGAGAAGAAACAAAAUAUUAUUCAAAUUAAAGAAAAAUUUCAAUUAUCACAACUAUGUGAAUUACAAUUAAAGGCAAAAAAAUAUACUAUUAAUAAAUAUAACAUUCUACAUGAAAAUUGUAGCAGAGUAUUUUUCAAAAAAAAAAAAAAGAAAAGAAAUGUCAAUACCAAAAAGUCAAAUAAAAUUGAAGAAUAUGUUUUUAUUUCGCAAGUGAAAUUUUUAAAUUUUAAUUAUUCCCUAAGUUUUUUUUAA